CUUAAAGGCAGACGCCAGAUGCAAACUUGUCUUCCCCUCGCCAAGCUCGUCAGGAUGAGCAUCCUUGCUCUUCUUCUUUUUCUACUUCAUCUGGCCCGGUUUCCCGCAGUACAGGCCACGCCAACCUCUGCCUUCCGCGCCCAUUUAGCCGAGAGGUCAGUCGUGCAUCAUAUUCUCGAAGUGACCUACCGUGGUUACCGGUACAUCCACAUCCAGAACCUGACAUUACCCUUCCAGGCUGCUCGCUCUUAUUGUCAAUUCGGCUUCCCGGAUGAGAUGCAGUUGGCCUCUGUGGCCUCUGAGGCGGAGUGGGUUGCUGAGGGACUGAUAGUUGUUGUGUCGAUUCUUGUCAACAAUGUGGCCAGAGCACUUAUUCAACAGGUACUGGCAGCUUCAAAGCAUACACGAUCAGAAUGCAAUCAUCUGCGUCACGAUCGUGGCAGUUCUCCUCUUUCCCGAUGCCUCCACUCUUCGUUCGGCGCCUGGCAAGCUACCGGAGUUGCUGGGCAAACCUUAAAUUGGCACUUCGCUUCUCCCAUCAGUGGCGGUGGCGACGGCGACGACGGCAGACUCUUCUGGCUCGGGGGUCAGGUCAGUCGGGCCGGGGGCGCCGUGUUCACGGCGCACUGGUUGGACGGCACUCGGUACGACUACAACCGACUGUCCGCGGACCAGCUGACCGGUCUUCUGUCCGCCUGGCCGCUCGGCCGGACCGGCUGUCUGACGGGCCGCUUGGGUGCCGUGACGCCGGAGGCCGGCGAGCAGAAAACGGGUGACGUGGCGACCGGUUCGGCCACGGGCAACUGGUCCGUGGAGCCGGAGCCCUGCGCCACGGCCAGGCCGUUCGUGUGCAAGGCGGCGCGGGGCUCGCACUCGGCGUCCACUCGCGGCCGCCACAGCUUCGUCGGUCAGCCGCCACGGGCCGCGGCGGCGCUCGCGCCUUCCUGGCCUUUGGUACCGUCGCACCGCCGGUACCAGCCCUCGUUGCCCGGCGCCGACGUUGCGCCCGAGCUGUCGGCCAUCUUCGGCGCGCUCACCUACAGCUCCCUGAUCGGCCAUCUGCUCGAGGACCCCUUCAGCCUGAAUCGUUGGCCCGGCGGCCUCGCGACCAAGCACCCGCUCGACGCCUCUUCGCGCCGCCACCCCCUGCCCCACCGCUUGCCCGAGGCCCGACCGACGCGAGUCCCGGCCGAGCCGCCGACCCAGGCCGAAGCGGCUCGUACUAGUCCCGUCGGCCCGCCGCCGACGCCAAUGACGCCGACGCCCACUGGCCCGCCUCAACAGUCGAUCAGCCGGUGGCCGGGGACGCCGGCCAACCGCGACUCGGACCAGGGCGUCUCAGGCACGCCGGCGGCCUUGGAGGCCACGCCGCCGAAUCCGAGGCAACCGGGCGUGGCCGGCCUGUUGAUUUCGGUCGGCCAGCAGCCAAAGCCAGAAGCGCUGUCGCCAGCUGACAGCGUCACUACCACCGAGGCUCCUAGCACCGUGGGUGUCGCGACGGGCACCACUUCGAGUCCCGGUCUGACGAGCUUGGAGAAGCGAGCCCUUUCCGCCCGGCUCAGGAGGUCCUCUCCGCUCUGGUCGUCUGAGGACGAACCCUCCUGGACGGACUUCCCCGGUCUCUUCGAGCCCGAACCAACGGCGUGGCCGGACUCCAAGACGAUUGACUCGCCUUGGCUCGCACUCGACAGCCCCGGGGCGCCUGGCGCCCGCCUCUACUCCUCCUUCAGACCGUCCGGUGGGGAGCAAAAGGGACCCCAGAUGCCGAGACGCCUCAUCGACGACUCCUUCUGGCCAUCUUCACAGUCGUUGCCGUCGUCGCCGGAAACAGGUCAGCAGCCGUGGCCUCCGUCCGCCUGGCCGAAGUUGCAGUUUGAAAGGCUGCUGGCGCCUCAGGAGGCAGGUGCGCGCCAGCGCGUUUAG